AUGAAACUAAACGGUGUCUUGAACGCUUCCCAAUGUAUUCUGUUUAUAUAUUUUGUCAAAUUUUCACAAGCCGAUCUGAAAGAUGAUGACCUUGGAUUUUAUAAAUUUUUAGCAGAUUCUUAUAAAAAAGACAACGAAUUUCGACGGGCUCCUGAAGCAGAAAAAACAAAACUUACUAAUGAACGAAAUAGGAAAACUAAGGAUGUCAAACUCGGAGAUAUUGUGCAAUUACCGGGUGGUUACAAUCCGUUACCUGGAAGAACAUCGUUCGGUGAUUAUUGGCCAUUAAUGCCAAUGACAAAUCAAUACCACGGUUCAUUCACUUAUGAUACAUCUCAUGGCCGACAAGUUGGAGGUGAUAUAUUAAUUCCGGUUCCAUACUGGAACAAUUUCUUGAAUCUUGGGGGACAUUACAUCGAACGUGCACAAGAAGAGUGGGUCAAGUUUGGCUACGUCAACACUCCCGUAAAUAUGAUGGGAUUGACAAAAAAUCAAAUUGUCAGGCUUAUAUCUGAUCCAUCACUUCACUGGAAUAAAAAGAUUCAUCCAAAACUUCCUAUUGGUGUUCUUCCUAAGGAAUACAACCAAAUGUCAUGCAAACCACCAAUGUGCAAUCCAUAUCAGUCGGGAAUAUCUGUUGGACUUGAAACCAACUAUGAAAUUGAAGACGGAUUUGAGGGUGAGAUUGACGUUCCAAUCCCAAUUGCAAAGGAUAUUGCAUACAGAUAUCCACUGUCUGGAAAUAUUCACUUUGAUAAUGAAGACACUUCUUUCAACUAUGCCCAAAAUCUGAGUCCAAUGGAUCCACUAGGAAUCGGAUUGCCAAAUGAGGAUCGAACAAAAUUAUAA